ACAACAUUAUCCUUAUUUUGGGUACCACUAUAACAAACACUUGAAAACAAGCGGGCGCCAACAAAUUCCAUCUCUGGUCCUCGCUAAAUCCCAAUCUCGCCCUCCCUUUUAGUUUUUAGAUUAUUUGUCGCGUAGAUCGUUCGGUCAACUCGGUCUCCCUUCUCCUUUAAAAAAACCCUCAGCACACAUCUUCCUUCCUUCUUCAAAUUCCACUCGGUGUUUGUUGAAUUCAUUCAUCUUUUGCAGAGACUGCAGAGUUAGGUUCGGCAGAGAUGAGUAGUCCAAAGAAAAACCAAAGCAAGGGUUUCUUUGGGGCAAUGACUUCCGGAUUGUCCAUGUUCGGGAACGCCAUGCACAGAUCUGUCAACGGAUUGCUUGGAUAUGAAGGGGUGGAGGUUAUAAAUCCGGAGGGAGGCAAAGAAGAUGCAGAGGAGGAAGCUCAGAGAGGAAGGUGGAAGCAGGAGGAUCGGGACAGUUACUGGAAGAUGAUGCAAAAGUAUAUUGGCUCAGAUGUGACAUCAAUGGUGACCCUUCCAGUCCUUAUAUUUGAGCCAAUGACAAUGCUUCAGAAAAUGGCAGAGUUAAUGGAAUACUCCCACCUUUUAGAUAGGGCAGAUGAGUGUGAGGAUCCGUACAUGCGGUUGGUGUAUGCUUCAUCAUGGGCAAUAUCAGUUUACUAUGCCUACCAACGAACCUGGAAGCCUUUUAACCCUAUUCUUGGUGAGACUUAUGAAAUGGUGAAUCAUGGUGGGAUUACAUUCAUUGCCGAGCAGGUGAGUCAUCAUCCUCCAAUGAGUGCUGGGCAUGCUGAAACCAAUCACUUCACAUAUGACAUUACAUCAAAGUUGAAAACCAAAUUUUUAGGGAACUCAUUUGAUGUCUACCCUGUUGGGAGAACACGUGUAACUCUUAAAGGAGAUGGUGUAGUCCUGGAUUUGGUUCCUCCUCCCACAAAGGUCAACAAUUUGAUUUUUGGACGAACUUGGGUGGAUUCACCUGGGGAUAUGAUCAUGACAAAUUUGACUACUGGUGACAAAGUUGUGCUGUACUUCCAGCCAUGUGGUUGGUUUGGGGCUGGUCGAUAUGAAGUAGAUGGUUAUGUAUAUAAUGCAGCUGAGGAACCUAAAAUAUUGAUGACUGGGAAAUGGAACGAGUCACUGAGUUAUCAACCAUGUGACAUGGAAGGGGAACCUCUACCAGGCACAGAACCGAAAGAGGUUUGGCGAGUGGCUGCUGUUCCAGAGAAUGACGAACACCAGUAUACAUAUUUUGCACAUAAAAUAAACAGCUUUGACACUGCUCCUAGGAAAUUGUUGGCGUCGGAUUCUCGUUUGCGUCCUGACAGAUAUGCACUUGAGAAGGGUGAUCUAUCUAAAGCUGGUGCUGAGAAGAGCAGUCUUGAGGAGAGGCAAAGAGCUGAAAAGAGAGACCGAGAGGCAAAGGGCCAUCAAUUCACGCCAAGAUGGUUUGAUCUAACUGAUGAAAUUACACCUACACCUUGGGGGGACUUGGAAGUCUACCAAUACAAUGGUAAAUACGCCGAACAUCGUGCUGCCGUAGAUAGCUUGGAGGACAGUAUUCAUGAGGAUGGUGUCAGAACAACAGAGUUCAACCCCUGGCAGUAUGGUAAUUUGUCUUCUGCAUAAGCUAUUCUUAUGUUUUUUAUUUUUAUUCUUCAGUUACCCGAUAGAACUUUAUAGUGUGAUAUGUGUGGAAGCUUGUUUAUUGUAUCGUGUACAUUUUAUUGUUUUAUAAUUUGGUAUUACUUCAAUAUAGCAAGUUUGGUCUCA